AUGCUGGAUGUGGUGUCUCUACAUUUUGCUGCUCCGAGUCUAAAUGUGUCCCAGGCAGUGUAUGCUACAAUGGACAAAAAUAAAGUCUAGACAUGUAAGUGCGAGGCAAAUAAGGAUUGCUCUUCAGGUUGCUGUUCAUUUGGGUUCUGUUCAUCUACAAGUCUCUGUGAAGGCAGGAAAGUGGAAAAUGACUAUUGUGAUGAUAAGUCUGAGUGCUAAAACACAUCUUGUUUGAACAAUAAAUGCUUGCCAGAGGAUCCUGUCAUCAAUAAUCAAGCAAUAAUUGGUAUUGUGAUCAUUAUUGCAGCAUGCUUUAGCACUGCUUUUAUAUACUGCUGUUUGUGUCGCAAUAAAGAUGGCGGAGAGGGAGGAAGAAGGCGCAGCAAUGGAAGAGAUCUCGAUAACGUUGAUGGCACUAGUUUGCUUAAUUAGUCACGAGAACACUCUAACUCUGCCAGAAACAGAAGAGCAACUGAUGAAAGAAAUAAUGCAUAAAAUUGA